GCGGUGGGCGUGGCCUGGGACCCCCCGGGGAGCGCGGCGCGUCCUUGGCGCAGAGGGGACGUGACUGCGGCCGAGGACGCAGGAUGAGGGCGUUGCGGGUCUCCCAGGCGCUGAUUCGCUCCUUUAGCUCCACGGCGCGGAGCCGCUUCCAGAACCGCGUCCGGGAGAAACAGAAGCUCUUCCAGGCCGACAAUGACCUCCCGGUGCACUUGAAAGGCGGGACAACGGACAACCUCCUGUACCGACUGACAAUGGCGCUGACCCUGGGGGGCACUGUCUACAGCUUGUACUCCCUCUGCUGGGCCGCUUUCCCCCACAAGAAGUGAGACAAGAAGAUUGGAGAGCCUGGAGAACGUGGGCAGACAUCAAUAAACUAUUGGAUUCUUGGGAACCAUGCCAGCUCUGACUUCUGUGUGUGCC